AUGAAUAUUAAGGUGUGCAAUCUGACUGAGUUCAUUUUUGUAGGCUUCACAGAUGAUCCACAACUAGAGCUUGCCCUCUUUGUGGUGUUCUUGUUCAUCUACCUUGCAAAUGUAGUAGGGAAUAUAGGUAUGGUCCUCCUGAUAAUUUUGGAUGGACAGCUUCACACUCCCAUGUACAUCUUUAUCUGCCACCUCUCUAUAAUGGACCUGGGCUACUCCACCGCCAUAGCUCCUCGUAUGUUGGCUGACUUCCUGCGCCAUCCCAAGAUCAUCUCUUUCUCUAGCUGUGUCAUUCAAUUUGUAUUUUUUGUGGCCUUUGUCGAUGCUGAAUGUUACACCUUAGCUGCCAUGGCAUAUGAUCGUUAUGCAGCUAUCUGCCGUCCUCUCCAUUAUACCACAGUCAUGUCAAAGAAGGUCUGUGUGGUACUGGGGAUUUUUUGCUACUUUGCAGGUCUGAUGAGCAUGGUAGCCCAUACUAGCCUCACCUUCACUUUAGAAUUCUGUGGUCCCAAUAUCAUCAACCAUUUCUUCUGUGAAAUACCUCCACUCAUAGCAUUAUCUUGCUCUGACACUUCUAACAGUGAAAUUCUCCUCUUUUUCUUCUGUGGAGUCAAUGAGAUCAGCACCAUCAUUGUCAUCCUGAUCUCCUACUUCUACAUCUUUGCUGCCAUUUUGAGGAUCCGUUCUGCUGAGGGCAGAAGCAAAGCCUUCUCCACCUGUGCUUCCCAUCUGACUGGAGUCAUACUCUUUUAUGGGACAGUUAUGUUUAUGUAUCUGAGACCACCCUCCAGCUAUUCAUUAGACCAGGACAAAUGGGCCUCUGUGUUCUACACACUAGUGAAUCCUGCACUGAACCCCCUAAUCUACAGCCUGAGAAACAAAGACGUGAAGGAGGCUUUUCGAAGGGUCAUCAGUAAAACAGUGUUUUUAAACUAA